GCUAUGGCUUUCAGAUUCAGGCCCUCUGGGCUUAGCAGGCAGAUACUUUCUGCUCCUUCUCCAUUAAAUGCUACCAGACAAUGCCGCGCUCCGGCCGGGCGCCCAUAUUCGACCUCCGAUCGCCUUCCGAAGAUCGCGGACACGUCAGUAUGGACGGCAAUGAUUCCCCGAUUUCUUCGGGGUGGCAGAGCGCGCAAGGAUCCCGCGAAAGAGAAAUCUAAAGAAUGGAACCCGGCGACGUUCUACAUCAUAAUGUUCACUCUGAUCGGCUCGCAGGCCAUUCGCAUGCUCACUUUGAAGAACGGCUAUGCGGCAUAUACUCGGACGACGGAUGCGAAGAUCGAGCUUCUAGCGGAGAUCAUUGCACGAGUCAAGAAUGGAGAGAAAGUCGAUGUGGAGAAGUUGCUUGGAACGGGCGAUGAGGCAAAGGAACGAGAGUGGGACGAGGUGCUGCGCGAGAUUGAGGCCGAAGAUUCCCUAUGGCAUGAGAAGAAGACCUCCCAGUCGAAAGCAGAGAAGGUCCAGGAGCCCGAGAAAGGACAAAAGCAACCCACACAGCCUACGGAAGACCAAGGCACCGAGGCUGUCAAGACAGAGUCUACACGAAAGCUUAGAUUCUAUUGA